CGGUGACUGUUGUAUAUUUUUUGGAAUAUUUAUGACACAAUAAUCAGCAUUCUUACCGCUUCUUUAAAUUAGAUGUGAGUUUGAAUUUGUCCAGUAGAUGUCAGUGUUACUAUGGAGAAGUAUUUCAUCCUCAUUGAGAGGCGAGAAUUUCCCUGUAGGGGUGUGCUUUCGGUCCGAACACAAAGGCGGUGGUCAUUUCGGAUGACACUUGCUCGUUUUUGCGUGGAUCUUCCUUCAUUUGAUUUUUACGUGAAACAGGACUAUAAAAUCACGGGGUAUAUCUUUUUUUCUUUCUCUUCUUUCAUUUUUUCCAACGUUUUCAAGGACGCUUUUUACAUUUUGAAACAAAGAACCAGACAGCGGAAUGAUGUCUGCGUCGCAUAUCCUGCUCUUCACGCUCCUGUUUUGUUGCGGGGAGCGGAUUCUUGCUCAGUUAAAGUAUUCGAUUCCAGAGGAGGUUAAAAAGGGAGCUUUGGUCGGAAAUGUUGCCAAGGAUCUGGGACUCGAUGUGAGCGCAUUGAAGAACCGGCGGUGCCGUAUUGUUUCCGAAGCUCAGGACGGACUGUUUGAGGUGAAUCCGAUCGACGGCCUUUUAUACAUUCAUGAGAUUAUCGACCGCGAGAAGCUCUGUGACACAAAUACUGACUGUUUCGUUGAUCUAAAGAUUGUUGUGGAAAAUCCCCUUGAAAUCCAUUAUGUCACAGUGGAAAUAUUAGACGCUAACGACCAUGCGCCGAGUUUUUCUGAAAAACAAAAGCUCAUAGAAAUUGCAGAAUCGACAGCACCUGGAGCCCGCUUUCAGCUACCAGGGGCCCGUGAUCCAGACGUGGGAGUAAAUUCUGUUCAGCGAUACAAACUCAGCCAAAAUGAUCAUUUUAAUUUGGCAAUCCGAGAGAGUGGGGAUGAUAAAAUCCCCUUUCUGGUGUUGCAGAAACAGCUGGAUAGAGAAAAAAAAGAAAACCACAGUUUGAUCCUAACUGCUGUGGAUGGAGGUACACCAUCAAAAUCAGCUUUUUUAAAUCUUACAGUCAAAGUUCUUGAUAAUAAUGAUAACAGACCAGUGUUUUCCAAAGACACCUACUCUGUUACAUUACAAGAAAAUGCUCCUUUAGAUAAAAUUAUUUUAAAAGUGCAAGCAACUGAUCCAGAUGAAGGACCGAAUGGAGAUGUGGAGUAUGCUUUUGGGGGUGACAUGAAUUCAGUUGUAUUAUUUGCUAUAGACAGAAACACAGGUGAAAUCCGGGUUAAAGGACAGAUUGACUAUGAGACCGCUGAUGUUUACAAGUUAGAUGUUCAAGCUUCUGACAAAGGCCAGCCCCCUAUGACCACUGACUGUAGAGUGAUAAUAAAAGUACAAGAUGUUAACGAUAAUGAGCCAGAAAUAAUGGUAACAUCUCUGUCCAGCAUGGUCCCAGAGGACUCCAAGCAUGGGACUGUUGUUGCUUUAAUCAGUGUUAAAGACAGCGAUUCAGGCGUGAACGGCAAAAUUAUAUGUCGUCUAACAGAAAAUGUGCCGUUUGAGUUGAAACCAUCUUUUAAAGAAAAUGUGUUUUCAUUAGUAACAAAAAAGGCUCUUGACAGAGAGACAGUAUCACAUUAUGAUAUUACUUUCACAGCUACUGACCGUGGAGAACCUCCUCUUUCUACAUCCAGAAUAUUAAACAUUGAAAUAUCGGAUGUUAAUGACAACAUCCCAGAGUUUCCAAACAAUCCCUUACAACUAUAUUUGAUUGAAAACAACUCUCCAGGAAAAUCCAUAUUUUCGGUGAGUGCAGUUGACAAAGACUUAAAUGAGAACGCAGCUGUUUCCUAUCAUUUAAUCAGAGGUGAGGGAGGCCAUAAAGACUUGACAUCUUUUCUCAACAUCCAAACAGAAACAGGAGAAAUUUCUGCUCUGAAAAGUUUUGACUUUGAAAGUGUGAAAACGUUCCAGUUCCACGUUGUUGCCACAGACUCUGGAAGUCCUCCUCUGAGCAGCAACGUGACAGUGAACGUGUUCAUUCUGGAUCAGAACGACAACGCUCCAGUCAUCCUGUAUCCAGUCAGCUCCAACGGUUCUGCUGAAGGGGUGGAGGAGAUUCCCCGCAACGUGAACGCAGGACACUUGGUGACUAAAGUGCGAGCCUAUGACGCUGAUAUAGGAUAUAACGGCUGGCUGCUGUUCUCACUGCAGCAAGUGACUGACCACAGUCUCUUUGCUUUGGACCGCUAUACAGGACAGAUCCGAACUCUCCGCUCGUUCACAGAGACAGACGAGGCUGAACACAAACUGCUCAUCCUGGUCAAAGACAAUGGCAACGUUUCCCUCUCAGCAACAGCUACUGUCAUUGUCAAACUUGUGGAGCCCAAAGAGGCUUUUGCAGCUUCUGAUGUUCAAAGUCCAGCAGCGGAGGAUGAAGACAGUCACGUGACUUUCUACCUCAUCAUCACUUUGGGCUCCGUUUCCCUGCUGUUUCUCAUCAGCAUCAUCGUGCUGAUUGCAAUGCAGUGCUCCAAGUCCACAGACUAUACUUCCAAAUAUCUGCCAGAGCCCAAUUAUGAUGGAACACUGUGUCACAGCAUCCAGUACAGAUCUGGAGACAAACGCUACAUGUUAGUGGGACCCAGAAUGAGUGUUGGAUCUACCAUAGUUCCUGGAAGUCACGCAAACACACUUGUGCUUCCUGAUAGGAGGAAAACUUCAGAUGAGGUAAGGACUUUGUUUCAAGGCAAAAAGUUUUCUUUUUUCUUUGGAAAUUAAUUUCUUCCAAAAACUGAGUUUAUCAGUUUACAGUUAAUAAUUUAUCUGUUUUUGGAUCAAAUCCAGUUGAAGGUUUUUUGAGUAUUAAUGGAUCAAUGUUAGUUUUUUAAGGUUUGAGGCAGUCUUGCCAUGCAUCGCUGUUUGUUUGGUGCUGACAUGUCUUCUCAACGUUGAUGUUUUAACACACAGUGUGCCUAUUUAUUUUGUCACGAUUCUUAGAUGGUAGCUUUUUUUUUUUUAUCCUGGAGGAACAUUGCUCGAACAACAUAGUUUGUUGCAUUGAUUUGGCUUGUUGUCUGUAUUGUUUUGCAGAUUAGCCUAUACUGUGGUUAUUUUUUUAAAAUCAGUUUUUAAAUAUUUCACAUGUUUCUUCUGGAGCUAAAAUGUUCCAAAACCUUUU